GGCAGAAGACACUUCGACCGAAGUGGCCUGCCGGUCCCGAGUCUCUUAAAUAGCGAUGAGGACCUCUCCUUGCUUCAGUCUUAGCGCUGACGACACUGCCGCAGCAUGGCCCGCGUCCUCCUCCUCGUCCUGGCCCUCGUGGCGGCCGCCUCGGCUGGCAGGUACACUCGCGCCCAGCUUGCCGAGUUGUACGGUCGCAUCGACGUGUGCUUGGAGCCCGUGCCCCAGAGCGGCUUCAACAACCAGCCCGCCAACAUCUGCAAGUACGACGCCAAGGAGGAACUGCUGCGUGGUUACACCAAGGAGUCCCAGGUUGACCGCAUCACCGCUUGCCUCAAGAGGUACGAGGUCCCCGUCGCUGAUGAGGUUGUGGCCGCCGCCGAGGAGUGCCUCAGGGAGUCCCUGACCAAGCCCGUCGCUGCCAGGGUUGCGCGCCAGCUCCAGAGGGCUCAGUACACCCGCGCCCAGCUUGCCGAGCUGAACGGUCGCAUCGACGUGUGCUUGGAGCCCGUGCCCCAGAGCGGCUUCAACAACCAGCCCGCCAACAUCUGCAAGUACGACGCCAAGGAGGAGCUGCUCCGGGGCUACACCAAGGAGUCUCAGAUUGACCGCAUCACCGCUUGCCUCAAGAGGUACGAGGUCCCCGUCGCCGCCGACAUCGUGGCCGCCGCCGAGGAGUGCCUCAGGGAGUCCCUGACCAAGCCCGUCGCUGCCGAGGUUGCGCGCCAGCUCCAGAGGGCUGAGUACACUCGUGCCCAGCUUCGCGAGUUGUACGGUCGCAUCGACGUGUGCUUGGAGCCCGUGCCCCAGGACGGCCUCAGCAACCAGCCCGCCAACAUCUGCUCCUACGACGCCAAGGAGGAGCUGCUGCGUGGUUACACCAAGGAGUCCCAGGUUGAGCGCAUCACCGACUGCCUCAAGAGGUACGAGGUCCCCGUCGCCGCCGACGUUGUCGCCGCCGCUGAGCAGUGCCUCAAGGAGUCCCUGCCCAAGCCCGUCACUGCCUAGUCCGUCCAAAAAAACAAUAUUAACUAUCUUUUAAGAGUUGCAAUAAAUAAAAUUAUAGCAAGCAAACACGAGAA